AUGACGUGGAUCGUUGGUAGUCUUCAGAUAGUGAUUCAGACGUGCCAGCGAUUCGAUGAACAUGUCACCGCCUUUAUUCGAGAAUUCGUAACGGCCGGCGGUGAAAAAGUAGAGGGUUUUGUCCAAAUCGAAAUCCAAAUGACCGUGGAAAUGACCGCGAAUGAACUGAUUGAUCUUCUCCUUGUUCUGAGCGUGCAGAUUCUGGAACUCGUGGAGAGCGGCGAACUUGAUGACGUUGAGACCGUUCGGCGUGAGAAUAUCGGGCUUUCGGCACAGGAAAUGCUCGGCUUCGAGACCCGUGAUCUCGGAGACGGUGGUGAAGAUGUGAGCGGUUUGGCAUGCGGCACGUUCCAGACAGUAUUGGUGGUAGAUCUGGAAAUUGGGGGAGUUUGA